ACAUUCUAUAAAACAAUGCGAGAGUCUUCUGCCUGCGAAGUGUUGUAAUUGUGGCAGUGCCCAUACCCCGGGAUAUCGAGGCUGUGUGGUUUCUAAGCAGGCCUGGGAGGUCCAGGCGCUUAGGAUAGAGCAUGACAUCUCUUAUUCAGCUGCUGUUAAGCGACAUAGGGAGGCUGGUGAGGUGCUGAAGGGAGUUGGGGGUCCUCCGCCACCUUCUUCCUCUUUUCCUUCCCACUCUGUGGUGCUGGAUGGAGGGGCAGCUUGCCGUUUCCCCGCCAAAGAGAAGUUUUUGGCAUUUAUGGUAGAGGUAAUAAAUUGCACUGCCCAGACUGAACGGCGUUCUGAGAAGUUAGCAAUAAUAUUGAAGGCAGCUGAAAAGUAUUUAGGUAUGGGUUCUGUGACAGCUGGCCAGAUAUGUGCAGAGCUGGGUCACUCUGUAUCCUAGGUUGCGGUCUCUGUCUAUUUUCAGUUGGAACGCUCACAGCCUUUGCGCUCACGGCCAAGAAUUGAAGUAUGUUUUAUCGACUAGUUCAUUUCCUCCUUUGGUUGUUUGCAUUCAGGAAACUUGGUUGGCCCCUUCCUUGGCCUUCCGAUUGUCUGGCUACGAUUUUUUACGCAAAGUCCGGACUGAGGGACGAGGAGGUGGUGUAGCUUUGGGUAUUUUAGAAGGUUUGAACUAUUUGGAAGUUGAUGUUAGGACCGAGGAGAUUGAGGUUUUGGCUAUCGAAAUUCCGCUGGUAGGAUUGUCAGUGCCGGUUAGGAUAGUAAAUAUAUAUAACCUGUGCCGGCUUAUUUCUAGGGAAUUAUUGGAGACACUGCUUGAUGGUGUUCAGGGUCCGGUUAUUUUUUGUGGGGAUUUUAAUAGUCAUAAUCCUCUGUGGGGCAAUUCUAGACUUGAUUCUAAUGGAAAGGUUUUGGAGGCGUUCUGUGCUGACCAUAGUUUUGUGAUUCUUAAUGAUGACAUUCCGACCAGGUUUGAUUCUAGUUCUGGACAGAUGUCUUUUUUGGAUUUGGGAAUAGUUUCUAGCUCAAUAGCUGGGAAAUGUUCUUGGGAAGUUCUAUCUGAUCUUCAUAUGGGAAGCAACCAUCUUCCUACCUUAUUGCAGUUUGGAGAGCAGGGGCUUUUUGAGCAGUGCUCCUUGGGCCUUCGUUGGAAUUAUACGAAGGCUGACUGGAAUCUGUUCCAGACCUCCUGUACACAGGAGUUGGCGUUGGCCCCAGCCUCAGCUCCAGUAGAGGAGCUCGCUGACAUUGUUUCGUCUGGUGUCUUUAGGGCAGCCUCUCUUGCUGUUCCCAGAUCUGGAGCUCAGGGUACAUCCCGUCGUUUGGUCCCCUGGUGGUCAGAAGAUUGUAAACUGGCUGUCCAAGCACGGAAUCGUGCUUUUAGGAAAGCUAAACAUACUAUGUCUGGGGCUGAUCUGCUUGUAUACAAGCGUUUGAGGGCUAAAGUGAAGUUGGUUGUUCGGUCGGCGAAGAGGAAGAGCUGGAGGUCCUAUUGUGACAGGUUGUCAGUAGACGUUCCUGUUGGGAACGUCUUUAGGCAGAUUCGGAAGAUGAAUGGGGUUUAUCCAAAGAUGAGAGGUGUUCCUGCUUUGGUGUUGGCCGAUGGCUCUGUUUCUGUUUCGGAUGUGGAAAAGGCCGAAACGCUUGCUGAUUUAUUUCAACAAGUUGGUAGCUCGGAAAAUAGGCCGGCUUCCUUUGUGCAACGUCAGGCGGCCUUCUUGGAAAGUAACAGGACAGUUUUUGACGUGUCUGCUCCUUAUUUGGAAUGCGAGCUUGAUGCAUUUUUUUCUCAUUGGGAGCUUCGUAGGGCUAUAUGUCUAGGGAGGCGGUCGGCCCCCGGUGAGGAUGGCAUCAGUUAUGAAAUUCUUCGACACUUACCUGAGGACUCAGUUCAGCUUUUGUUACGAUUAUAUAACCUGAUUUGGGAGGCGGGUGUUGUUCCACUAUCCUGGAAAGAUGCCAUCAUGGUUCCUAUGAGCAAACCGGGCAAGAAUUUGUCGGAACCAACGUCCUAUCGCCCCAUAGCUUUACUUUCUUGUUUCUGUAAACUCAUGGAACGGAUGAUUAAUGAUCGCCUGAUGUCGUAUCUUGAGAAGAAUAAGUUGCUUACAGACUUUCAGAGCGGCUUUCGGAAGGGUCGUGGCACUUUGGACCAGGAAAACAUCAAAUUGUUCUCUUCAUUAAAAACAAAACAAAAUGCCUAAUAGCAAAUCUCGGCAUAGGCACAAAGUUGGUCAGGAAGCUGGAAGGCGUGAAUUAGUCUCCAGAUCUUUGCAAAGUGCUCAGCAUUGUCUAGAGGAUCAGGACUUUGGAACUGCGUAUGCACACUAUCUCUUAGUACUAAAUCUAGCUCCUGAGCUAAAAAGUGAUGUUAAGGAAACGUUUCAGUUUACCCUUUUAAAGUGGGCAGAAGAACUGGAUUCUCUUGCACGAACUCAAGAUUUAUUUGACUGCUAUGAGCAUGCCCUGGAAUUGUUUCCUAAUGAUGAAGUCAUAUGUAACAGCAUGGGGGAGCAUCUCUUCAGAAUGGGCUUUAGAGAUGAAGCAGCUGCAUAUUUCCAUAAAGCUGUGAAGUUAAACCCUGACUUCCUGGAUGCAAAGGAGAAUUUUUACCGUGUUGCCAACUGGGUGGUAGAACGAUGGCACUUCAUCAUGCUUAAUGACUCCAACAGGAAUUUGCUGUAUCAGAAAGCAAUCCAGAAGGCUGUCCAUUCAGGGUGCGGAAGUGUUCUUGAUAUAGGAACAGGAACAGGAAUUCUCAGCAUGUUUGCCAAAAAGGCUGGAGCAUCUACUGUCUAUGCUUGUGAGUUGUCGAAGACCAUGUAUGAAUUGGCUUGUGAGGUGCUCACUGCGAACCGUUUGGAUGGAGAAAUCAAACUUCUUCACAUGAAGUCUCUUGAUAUAGAAAUCCCAAAGCACAUACCUGCAAGAGUUUCCCUGGUUGUCACUGAAACUGUAGAUUCUGGCUUGUUUGGAGAAGGAAUUGUGGAAAGUUUGAUACAUGCUUGGGAGCACUUGCUUUUACCACCAAAGACUAACGAUGGCGACAUUGGUGCUGAAAACUAUGGUAAAGUUAUACCAGCAGGAGCUACUAUGUGGGGCAUGGCAGUGGAAUGCAAAGAGAUACGUAGACAUCACAGAGUAAGUGGAAAAGAAAUUGCUGGUGUGUGUAUGCCAGAAAAACUCAAGUUCCGUAGUCUAACAUAUGCUUCUGCAAACUCAGAUGAAACUAUUGAACCUUACACCACUGAAAAGCUCAGCAGAAUACCUGGUGGUUACAAGCCCCUCACAGAACACUUUCAAAUCUUGAUGGUUGAUUUUAACAAUUUGCAGGAGCUGAAGAGCUAUUCAACUAGCACAUCAUCCAAGAUCCACGUACCUGUUGUUAAAGAAGGAAUACUAGAUUCCAUUGUGGUCUGGUUUACAUUACAACUUGAUGAUGAACAUACACUUUCUACAAGUCCAAAUGAGGAAACCUGUUGGGAACAGGCAGUCUAUCCUAUACAAGGCCUCCUGGAUUACUCUGUGAAACCUGGAGACUCUAUUAUGAUGGAAGUAGUUUGCCAGGACUGCUAUCUAAGGAUCCAAAACGUUUCCCUUGUGACUUCAGAAUAUGGGAUGGAUGUGGAAAGGAACUUUAAGGAGAAGAACAGUGAGGCGGAGCUCUGCAGUGCUCUGGCCAGCCUUCAGACAGCAAGCACACUAGACAGUGUGGGGCAAGAAUGCAUGCUGGAAUCUACUGAGAUUGCUUUAUUGAACAAUCUGCAAUAUCAUGAAUAUUUUAAAGCUGCAAUAGGGAAAGUGCUGUCUACAUUAAGCCUCCAUGAACAAUCACAGUCAAUGGAUUUAGAUGGCCAGAGUGCUGAGCUGAAUCUUGAAAAGAACCAAAGCAAGAACUCUAUAGCUCCUGAUCCUUUCUAUGUGUUGGAUGUAUCAGAGGGCUUUUCAAUUUUGCCAAUAAUUGCAGGCAAAUUUGGGCCAGUGAAAGCAUAUAGUUCUGUUGAGAAAGAACACCAUCAAAUGGCUCUCAGCCUGAUUUCAGAAGCCAAUAAAUUUCCUAAGGAAACCUUAGAAUUUUGGCUUGGACAUCUACAGGAGGAAAGCCAGGUAUUACAGAGGCCUAAACUGGACAAAUUGUGGAGUAUUAUAAUUUUGGAUGUUAUAGAGACUUCUGGUCUAAUUCAGCAGGAUGUGAUGGAAAAGGCAGCAAUAUCCAGAUGUUUGCUUCACUCUGGAGGAAAGAUAUUCCCACAGUAUGUGAGGAUGUAUGGAAUGCUUGUGGAAUCAAGGUCUUUAGUACUGGAGACUGCAGUUCAGGGAACAGAUCCAACACUUGGUUUCAACAUUGCACCUUUUAUCAACCAAUUCAAGGUACCUGUCCGAGUUUUUUUGGAUCUAUCGACCCUACCAUACGUGCCUUUAAGCAAGUCAGUGGAACUGCUGCGAGUGGAUCUCAUGAAUCCAUAUGUGAAUAGCUCCAGUAAAGAAGUUAAGGUAGAGAUUUGUAAAUCGGGUCAAGUGACUGGUGUUCCAUUUUGGUAUCACGUGCAUUUAGAUGAAGAUAUUGCUUUGGAUACUUCAAGCGAAUCCUCCCACUGGAAACAAGCUGCUGUUGUGUUAGAUAAGCCCAUUCAAGUUCAAGGAGGAGAUGAACUUGUGCUCUGCAUUCAGUAUCACAAAAGCAACAUCAGCAUUACAGUCAAACAGUGACCUACCAUCAACUACAGUUGGGUUUUAGUUUGUUUAAAUGUAGCAAGUCCAAUUUUAGUGAUAUCACUUAAAGUUAAUCAUGUCCCAAGGCAUGAAAUAUUGUGCCACCUUACUUACUCUUUUACGUAUGUUCCAUUGAGUUCAAUGGGGCUUACUCUCAGGUAAGAACAUGCAGAAUUGCAGCCUUCAUCUACUGUACUUGUUUAUUAAGAAGUUUACCAUAAGAAAAAAAUGUAUAAUUUGGCUGAGGCUUCUAAAUAUUUAUUUAGAACUAUGACUUCGUUACAAUGGAUUCCACUCUUCCCCCGCCCCACCAAAAAGAAAUCUUUGCAGGCUGUGAUGAUAAAUAGGCUAAGAUAUCCAUCUUAUUUCAACUCUGUCUUCUGGGAAAUUACUGUACAAUUAAUAAAAUGUUAUUCAUUA